AUGAACGGCACAGCGAAGAGCCAUCUCUUCUCUCCGCUCACAAUCCGAGGACAGAAACUGAAGAAUCGGAUCUGCGUUCCGGCGUUGUGUCAGUACUCGGCGACCGACGGAUUGGCCAACGACUGGCAUUUGGUGAACGCGGGCUCAUUCGCGAGGGGAGGCGCGGCGCUCGUCGUGAUGGAGGCCACGGGUGUGGAGCCCAGGGGUCGCAUCACUCAUCACUGUUUGGGUCUGUGGUGUGACCAACAGAUCGAGCCGUUGGCCAGAAUCGUGCAAUUUGUGAAAAGUCAGGGCGCAGUCGCCGGCAUUCAACUGUCACACGCCGGCCGUAAGGGCAGUAAUUUGCCGCCAACUGUGGGCCGGGGCUCUAUACCCGACUCGGAGGGCGGUUGGCCUACGAUCGGCCCGUCGGCCAUCGCUUUCGGCGCUAAUAUGGAUAAAGUGCCCAAAGAGGCCACCGUUGAGGACAUUCAUCGGAUUACCGGUGCGUUUGUUUCGUCGGCUCUCCGAGCGGUCAAAGCGGGCUUUCAGGUGAUUGAGUUGCACUUCGCCCAUGGUUAUCUGAUCAGCACAUUCCUAUCGCCGAUCACUAACCAUAGGACCGACCGAUACGGCGGUUGUCUCGAGAAUCGGAUGCGUUUCGGUCUUGAAAUGGCCGAAAGUGUGCGAAACUCUUUGCCCGACGACAUUGUUUUAGGCGCAAAGGUUUCGGUCACCGAUUACGCCGACAACGGCUGGGAUUUGAAGCAAACCCUGGAGUUUGCCAAACGGUUGAAGGCGUUGGGCGUCGACUACAUUACGGCCAGUAGUGGUGGUGUUGUGUCGGGCGUUGAGUACAAACAGACGGCUAAAGUGCAUCUGAACGCCGCCCAGAGUUUGGUGGAAGAGGUGGGCGUAACGGCCGGAGUGGUCGGAGAGAUAACUAACCCACAGAUGGCCGAUGAGAUUGUGCGACAAAAUAAGGCCACACUUGUGUUUAUUGGCCGCGGGUUUCUCAAUGACCCGCACUGGCCGUAUAGGGCGGCCGACAGUGUGGGCACUGACAGCACAUUUACUUACCCCAAACCCUACGAGUGGUGUAUCGGUUGGAAAGCGUUUGAAAAGUGGAGGAAAGGUGUUUAUGCGGCACAGAAUCAGUCAAAAAAUUAA